GUCUACGAUGCAGAAAUGCAGUCUAGGCACUGUAGGCAGCUCAUUUGAUUUUGAGAGUCAGCCCAUGAGUCUGUACUUUGACCUUCUUCUCCUCCAAUACUUGCUCUGAUAGGAGGGAGGAGGGAUCGGACUCGGACUCGGAAGUAUGUUGUGACGAAAAAAGGAGAAAUCUUUAGAUCUAAAGAGCAUCGAAAGCCGGAGGCAGUGAAUCUAAUGUUAUGGCAUCUGAUGGGGAAUAUAGGUGGACGGUUUGGGCUAUGAUUGUACUCAUGUUAGCUGCAUGUGCAGCUCAUAUGACAGACCGACCAGCCUCAUCUCACCCUCACCGCAAGUCUUACGUGCUAAAAAUGGACGAGGCAGCCCUUUCAGUCAUAAAUGAAAUCGAGAAUGAGAUAAUGCUCUUCGUGCUGUCUGAUCACUGCUAUCAGUGUUUGCCCCAGCCAUUAGGGAUAGUACCUGCUGGCCCAGGUCCUGGGACUCCGACUACAGUGGGGUUUGUUGUAGGCACACAACAUCCUUUGACAUUGCAGUUAAACAGCACCCCUGCCAACCUAGAGCUGUGCAAAAUUCACUUCCACUUUGGGGAGCAGGGCAACUAUUCUUUGUGGGUGAAGAACCUGAAUAAGCCGUCACAGGUCAGCUGCACUAUGGUGACUGAUUCAGAGCCUGUCAACAACUACCUGCCCAUUUUGUUUGCGUUUCUGGUAUUAGCUGGAUUGGCUGCCUUAGCUAUGAUUUGGAACACCGUUAAAAGGCUGGAUGUUGUGAGAAAUCUUCUACUUCACUUGGGGAGCACAGUGGAGACUGAGAGACUGAUAAACUCGGAGCUUGGCACUCCAAACAUAUUGGUAGAUGCCUCCACUGAAUCAAUAAUUCCAUCCACCACUGGACGGAGGCUUCGCUCUUUGGACACAUUCCGUGGCCUGGCUCUUGUCAUUAUGGUGUUUGUGAACUAUGGAGGUGGACAUUACUGGUUCUUCAGGCAUGAGAGUUGGAAUGGUCUCACAGUGGCUGAUCUCGUGUUUCCUUGGUUUGUGUUCAUUAUGGGAACAUCCAUUGGUCUGUCCUUGAGUGGGUCGUUGCGUAGAGGCAUCAAACACACUCAUCUUCUGUGGAAGGUUUUCUGGAGGAGCUUACAACUCUUCCUCAUCGGCGUCAUCAUCAUUAAUCCUAACUACUGCCAAGGACCCUUGUCUUGGGAUUCCCUGCGUAUUCCUGGUGUAUUACAGCGUCUGGGCUUCACCUACCUUGUUGUGGCUGUUUUGGACCUUGCUGUGGCCCAGGACCGAGUCCACAACCUGUCAAGUGAGACAUGCUGGUACUCCGUACAUGAAGUCUGCCUCUACUGGCCUGCAUGGCUGUGUGUGAUUGCUUUGGAGACAGUGUGGUUAUGUUUGACCUUUCUUCUCCCAGUGCCAGGCUGCCCAACUGGUUAUUUGGGUCCAGGGGGCAUUGGUGACUUUGGCCAGUUCCUAAACUGCACUGGGGGGGCUGCGGGUCAUAUUGACCGCUGGCUGCUCGGAGACACUCAUAUUUACCAGACGCCUUCAUCACGGGUUGUGUACAAGUCCAUUGCACCAUUUGACCCUGAGGGUGUUUUGGGAAGCAUUAACUCCAUAUUGAUGGCAUUUUUGGGACUUCAGGCAGGAAAAAUUCUGCUGCAUUACAGGGACCAACACAGACAAAUAAUCACACGAUUUCUCAUUUGGGGAUCCAUUUUGGGGAUCAUCUCAGCUGUGCUGACCAAGUGCUCCAGAAACAAUGGCUUCAUUCCUGUUAACAAAAACUUGUGGUCAUUGUCCUAUGUGACGACUCUCAGCAGUUUUGCUUUUGUGGUUUUGGUGUUUUUUUACUAUAUGGUGGAUGUGAAGAAGUGGUGGUCUGGCGCACCCUUCUUUUACCCUGGUAUGAAUUCCAUCUUGGUGUAUGUGGGCCAUGAGGUGUUUGAGGAAUACUUCCCCUUCCGUUGGAAGAUGGCAAACAGCCAAUCACAUGCUGAGCAUCUGGCACAGAACCUCCUGGCCACUUCUAUAUGGAUGUUUAUAGCCUUCCUGCUCUACAGAAAGAAGAUCUUCUGGAAGAUUUAAGGGUGUAUCUCUCUUCUGCAGAUUUUCAUGGGACCUGCACUACAUUGUGAAUUCAAUCAUUGGGAUUAUUUUGAACAUCUCAUAACAUUAGUACCUCGUUUGCAAAUCGCAAACAGAAACUCAUGGUCUAGGACUUGAUCUUGGAUAAAGAGCAGAAGUAAGAAGAGCACAUGUGGCAGUGCCAAGACCCCUCUGUGGACUCAGUCAUGUUCUCAGUGGAAGAUAGUGAAUGCCAGGAAGGAAGAUUCUGAUUUCACAUUGGAUUAAUGUUUAUCCUUAUGCACAAAGAGACAUUGUUAUUGAAUAAUGACAUUUCUAAAUUGUUCCUUAUAUUGGAGAAUUCCAAGAGUCUGAGAUGAAACUCUGAUUAUGUACUAGUUUAUGAAAUUUAGGUUUGUUAAAGGGUUAAUUCACCCAAAAAUGAAAAUUCUCAUAAUUUUCUCGCACUCAUGCCAUCCCAAAUUUGUAUGACUUUCUUUUGCUGGACACAAAUGAAGAAUAUUUCAGCUCUGUAGGUCCAUACAAUGCAAGUGAAUGGUGACCAGAACUCCAAAAGCUCCAAAAAUUCAUCAUAAAAUAAUCCAUAAGACUCCAGUGGUUUAAUCCAUGUCUUUUGAAGCGAUCCAGUUGAUUUUAGGUUAGAACAUACCAAAAUGUAACUCCUCUUUUACCUGUACAUCUUGACAUCAGCAGUCUCCUUGGCGAUCAUGAUUUCAAGCUUGAUUACACUUCUUAUAGUGCCAUCUUGCACUUGCUGUCAAGAAGUAGGAAGUGUAAUUGAGCUUGAAAUCAUGAUGGUGCCUAGAGACUGCAAUGACAAGUUAAAAAAGGAGUCACAUUUGAGUCUAUUAUCACACAAAACCAAUUAGAUUGCUUCAGAAGACAUGGACUAAACCACUGGAUAUUUAUGGAUUACUUUUAUGUUGCAUUUAUGUGCUUUUUGGUCACCAUUCACUUGUAUUGUAUGGACCUACAUAGCUGAGAUAUUCUUUUAAAAAUCUUCAUUUGUUUUUGGAGAAAGAAAAUCAUGCACAUCUGGGAUGGCAUGAGGGUGAGUAAAUUAUGAGAGAACUUUCAUUUUUUGGUGAACUAUUGCACUAAGGUACUCAUGUAUACCAUUGUGAAACAGAGCAAAUGAGAAUGAGAGAAAACCUCACAAUGACAAAACAUGCGAAAAGGUCCUUAAAACCUGCAGAAAUGAUGCACCCUUGAAGUAAAUUAAAAUUACAGUUUUAAUUUAGAUGUCAUUAAAACCCUGAGGCUGCUUUUAUAGGUUUGUCUUUUCUUUUUUACUCUGUGGACUUUUUGUUUUUCUUUGGAUACUGUUGUUUUAUUCUUCAUACAGUAGGAAGAAUGUAUUAUGAUUAUAAGGAUGUGUGUUUGUGAGAGAGGAAAAGAUAGAGUGCCCUACCUUCUCAAAAACUCAGGAGAUUUGCACAACUUGGAGUGCCAAAUAUAGUAUGCUUUACAAAUGCAUGGUUAUAUAUGUUUACUACAGUUCAUUACAAUUUACCAAUAACAUGUUACACCUCUACCAUAGAAAUCAAAUUACAGGAAAAAAAAAAUAACACUUAUUACUGACAUUAUUUCCUUACACAUUGCUGCUUGUACAAAUUAUUGUUCCAAGAGAAGGGAAAAUAUUGUUGCCAAUUCACAAAAUCAAUUCCAUCUGUAUUCCAUUGUUUUUUUUCUGAUUAAUUUUAAUUGAUAUAUUAAAGAUUUAUUCAAUUUGUAUUGCACGUCCACAUGUAUAACUUUGUUUUAUACUUUACAACAUGGGACAUGGUGGGAAUAAAACAAUUUUUU